GACGUGAAGUCGCUGCAGAGGAAAUCGCUCGAGAUGAGAGAGGGUUUAAACGUGCGCCACUCCGCACCCGGCUGUCCAUGUGCGGACAGCCCGUGUCUGACAUGAGCUCGGACUGCGAAAGUUAUUACAGCAAAGAAAACGUGUUCGUGGGGGGCUUCACGUGUCCGAAAACGGACGGUGACACCACGGCACUUUUCUGCUGUGGGUUCAGUGACUUGAAGUACUGUUGUGAUGACCCCAACAGCUUUUUCCCCUACGAAUAUGGAUACAUGUGGUGGCUAAGUCUUGGAGCUCUUGUGGGUCUCUCUGUAGCAGCUGUGGUUCUUCUUGCCUUCAUCAUCACUCUGUGUGUCCUCUGCUAUCUGUUCAUCACCACCAAACCCAGGGGUCUGGACAAUGGGCUGCCACUCCGAGCACCAGGUUCUACAUCAAGUCCACAAAGACCAGGAAUGAGUCAUACCACCAGUGUGCCUGCUGGUCCUCAAGGCCUCAGGAAACACUUUCUGAGUGGCAAGCUGGACUGUGACAACCAGCCCCCGGACCCUGACCGCCUUUUCCAGCGUUGUUUCAUGGCCACUGUGACAUCUAUCAAAGUUGAGGGACCUGCAUAGACUUGUGGAAUAUUUGACUUUUUGACCAGAUACUUUUACUUUGAUUCUUAUAUAUUGGAUGCCAACCUGUUUACUACUACACUAAACUAUAGAUUACCACAUAAUCUGAGCAAUCCUAAGAGGAAUUGUCAUUGUUUGAAAAUGAUUAUUGCUAUGAAUGGUAGUAAAUCUGCAGUAGGGGUCUUUGGGAAAUGUUUGCAGCAAGUGUUGAAUACAGAUUAUUUGGACUAAAUGGUUUUAAAUGGUUUUAUAUACAGGAGAUGGGAUGAGUUACAAUAAAUUCAUUAGAGCUCAUUUCAAUAGCAAUUUCCCUAAUGUCAAGAGUUUGUUAGCACUUGCUGUUCCUGCAUUUUAUGCCUUUAAAACUGAAAAAAAAAGGUGCAGAAGUUAUUGUUUUUAAAAUUAGAUCCACUGAGAAAUAACCUCAUUAUGUUAAAUGAUGAGAAACCCUUGACAUCACUGAUAGAAUUUUUUUGAACCUGAGAGACUAAGUGAUUUUUACAAACAACAAGAAUGUAGUGACCUGAUCUUUGAGGGUACUGAGUUUACUGACGCGUUGUGUGUUUGAUUUGUUUGUGCCUAUUAUGGUUUCUUUGCAUUUAAACUGAUGGCCGGAAACUGUUUUUGGAAUUUGACCCAUCUAGACUAAAAGUCAGGAUAUCUCCCUCUCUGCUUUGAUUAAAUCUCUCACUCCCAAGUCCCCCAAGUGGAAGUGUGUUUCUAAUCUCCACUGGAUGCAGUUACAUCAUGCUCCAGCUGCGUCGUGUCUCUUUUCUCAUUUCAAAUGCCCACUGGAAAUGCUUCAAAAGUGGAGCAUCUUUAUGCAGCCUUUUCUACAGCAGCCAUAUUUACAGCAUAUUUUAGAGUUGUUUUGACAAAUGCUAAAUGCAUAUGCUAAGAUAAGAUAAGAUAAGAUAAGAUAAUCCUUUAUUAUAAUUUCCCACAACGGGGAAAUUUACAGUUUAAAUGCAUGGACCAAGGGAUGACAGUGUCUAAGUCUGUCAAUCCUACUGACUUAAGCAGUUAUCUGACCAGUUCUCAAGUGCCAUCAUGAGGGUCAUAUUUUUGGUUUUGAGUGAAAUGUCGUGAUAAUUGAUUGCCAUGUAACUUGGUACUUGAUGCCUGUGUCCCAUGAACACUUUUUUGGUUUUUUGUUUUGGCUUCAUGUUGUAGCUGUAAAUUCUCAAUUGUGCAUUGACUGCUCAGCUCAUUUUAACAAUAUUCAAGUAAUAUCAGUCUCAGUUUCAUAAGUUCAUCAGUUCAUGAGCUUAUUAACAGCCUCAUUAACACUUGUGGUUAUGUUUACUAAUCUUGUAUUUGUAGCACGAUUGCCUCUUAGCCUUUAAAUGUGUUUUUUCCAAAGUAAUUAAAGCUGUGACAUGUUUGUGUUUGUCUCUUGCUUUGAUCUUACUGCACCUUUUUACCUCACAUACUGCAUUUUUAUGACUUGCUAUGCAGAUGAUUUAUUCUAAAUCUGUCAAAUCAGUAAACAUUCAACAAGUCAACAUAGAUUUAUUCCCUGGACAUCAAAUCAUUUAAAUAUUACUAAUCACUUACUACUCACUUCAUGCAAGUAUGUCACAGAUGAGAAAAAUACCAUGAAGAUGGAAUGAUGGAAAUCAUACCUGCACACCACAACACUACACUGCCUAAUUUUGGUAUAGCACCCUCCAAUCCCCAAAUUUCCUCAGAGAAAAUUCUGAAAUGGAAGUUCACAAUUUACAUAAGUUUAAAAAUGAAUUAAUACAUUUCAAAG